GUAGACCAAGAGCAGUGCUUACUUCAUUGCAUGGGUGGCACUGGUAGAGCACCCAUCUGAUGGCCCCUGCUGUAGGCUUGCAGAGGAGGCAUUGAGGUACCUUUUCCAUUGGUGCUUUGUGUUGCGCAAGCUGUUGCAACACGUGGGCACGCACAGUGCCAGUGGGGUUAGAAAUCUGUGUGGGAGGAGGUGGCCGAGGGCUGUGCUCACUUCCCCACUCUUGAGCUGGGCUGAGAGUGGCCCUGGGGUUCCAGACUAAUAAUUUAAAACCAGUAACAUCCUGCUUUGGAACAAACGCAUUAAAGCAGCUGGGUGUGAUGAUUCCUGGGUUGCCCCAGUGAUGGCUGUGAUUUUUUCCCCAGUGGCCUUUCCUUUCUUUGUUGACUUUCGUCAGCCGGAGCUGCUGCUGAACAACACCAUCAACCUGUACCUCACGACCGAGCCGGGUGUGAUGGUUGGCAUCUGGCACACCGUGCCAGACAGCAGAGGUGCUGAGGCACGGGGCAAGGACCAGAAGUGGUACGAGGAAGCACUUGGCGACGAUCACCCCGUGAUCAUCUACCUGCACGGCAAUGGGGGGACCAGGCGAGUACGUGUGAGCGCCCCUGCCUCUGCCAGGAGAGGAGGCUGCUCCCACACAGCAUCUCUGCUGGGGUGAGAACUAGCAAACUCCAUGCAGCAGCCAGCAGUGCUCUGUGGGGCUGUGAGGAUGGUGGUGGAACCACCUGGUUGAGGAGAGGUGGGUUGGACAUGUCACACCAUGAAAUCCCUAUAUUCUGAUUUAUGUUUGCCCAUCUUACUCAUGCUUUAAGAAUGGCUUUUUAUCUGCAUAGCGUAACCAACCAUUUUGGUACAGAGCUAAGCCUAUGUCUGCACACCAUUCCAGGGCCCAAGGCCUGUGUUUGGGGAUUGGUCGCUUACUUGGUAUCACCAUCCUACCACAUCAUUUCCCCUGUGCUCCCUGUGAUGACUGCAAGAGCCAAAGCCCCCAGUACUGUCGUGUUGGCCACUAGCUUUAUUCACGCAAACACAAGGGCAGUGUAUUUCCUCAGCAGGCAGAACUAAUUCAAAGGCUCCAGCCUGGAAAUAAAACAAGGAUAUAUUCUUUUCAA